UCGCAUUGCAAGGGUAAGUGCACAAUUCCAACCAACACUAACGCAACAACCAAAGAUGUCGUCUUGCCCGUCGCUUGUGCUGCGCAGUGGCGCGAAGAUGCCGCAGGUUGGCCUUGGCACGUGGAAGGCCGGCCCUGGUGUGGUGGCCUCCGUCGUGGAAGAGGCUCUGCGCGCGGGGUACCGCCACCUCGAUUGUGCCUGUGAUUACGGCAACGAGCACGAGGUUGGUCAGGGCAUCAAGGCCGCCAUUGACGCGGGCGUCUGCAAGCGCGAGGACAUCUUUGUCACCUCCAAGCUCUGGAACACCUACCACCACAAGGAGCAUGUGCGCCCCGCAUGUGAGCGCACCCUCAAGGACCUUGGGCUGGAUUACAUCGACCUGUACCUGAUCCACUUUCCCAUCUCCCUCAAGUUUGUGCCGUUCGAGAAGCGCUAUCCUCCAGAGUGGAUCCACGACCCAGAAGCCGCCAACCCCAAGAUGGAGGUGGACCCUGUGCCCCUGAGCGAGACGUGGGCCGCCAUGGAGGAGCUUGUGGAUGCCGGUCUUGUCAAGGACAUUGGUGUCUCCAACUUCAACUGCCAGCUCCUUGCCGACCUGCUCUCCUACGCCCGCAUCAAGCCCUCCGUCAACCAGGUUGAGCUGCACCCCUACCUGACUCAAGAGUUCCUCGUGCGCUUCUGCAAGGAGAACGGCGUUGUGGUGACCGGCUACAGCCCCUUUGGCGCCCUCUCCUACGCCUCCAUCGGCAUGGCAAAGGAGGAGGAGAGUGUGCUGAACAACGAGGUGAUUGGCAAGAUUGGUGAGAAGCACGGCAAGAGCCCUGCGCAGGUGUCGCUGCGGUGGGCGUGCCAGCGCGGUUACACCGUCGUCCCAAAGAGCGCAAACAUCGACCGCCUCAAACAGAACCUCAACGUCUUUGACUUUGAGCUCUCCCAGGAGGAGAUGGAGGCCAUCUCUGGGCUGAACCGCAACCGCCGCUACAACGACCCCGGCGUGUUCACGGAGCUUGCCUUCAACACCUUCUACCCCAUCCACAACUAAGCAACCCAGCAACAGUCACAACCACCACCAGCAACGUGGACAACAGGACAACUUUGACUCCCCAACAAUAAACGAGAACGAGCCAGAACGGAGAGAUGCAAAGAUCAACAAAGUUCCACACAAGCGCACAGGCAGGCUGGCAGAC